GGGUGUAGAGAGAAUCUCUUUCCAUGUAAUCAACUGAUGCAUCUCUGUAAUAACUUAUCGGAACAAUGUUCCGGGAACAUCACUAGUAAGUUGGUGUUCGAAAGAAACUUUGAAAGUUAAAUCUUUUAAUUAUUGUUUAGAUAGUUUCAUGCAACUUUCAACAAUGAAUAUCAAUGAUUUACCUGAUGAUUGUUUACUUUUGAUUUUCGAUCAGUUUUAUCUAUUGCGACAGUUUGCUACAUUGAUGAAAGUUUGUCGUCGCUGGAAGAUAUUAGUAGAAAAGAGACUGAAGAAGAUCACUCACUUUGAUGUUACAUUGGUCACUCAAUUAAUGCGACUUAAACAUUCGAACAAACCAAAUCAUCUUCCAUCAACUAGUAAAUGUAACAUCACAAUGAGCAAAAAGUUCUUGAGGAAAAUUGAACUGUCUAAACUUCUUCCUAAUGUUAAGAUAAUCCAUGUUGAAAAUCUCACUAAGAACUGUUCUUGUGCUUCAUUAAUGCAUUUACUUGCCAACGCGAAUCAAAUUAAAGGCUUGAGUGUUGGGCGGGAAUUGAAGAAUGAUAAUCAGUUUGAAAUGAACCACGAAUGUAACAUCUUGAAAAGAGAAGAAAAAAGAAUAACAUCAUUUUUGAGUGAUAUUCAAUUUCUAGGAAUCGGUAAUGAUCUAAUAGUUACAAGUUAUCUCAGAACUUUUGGUCAUCUUAUGAAUUUGAAAUCUCUUGGAACUUCUAUUGGAAAUCAUCCACAGUAUGUAAAUUUACUCCAUGUUCUGAAAUUCGCCCAAUUUUUGACGAAUCUCGAACGACUUGUUACUUUUUGUGAUCAUGAAUCUGAUGAUUUUUUUGACGUCGAAAAUCAAUUACCGAUAUUUGGAAAUCUUCUAGAUCUUCAGCUUGUAGAUGCUUCAAGUGAUGGGUCAUAUACUCUCACAAAAUUCUUGAACUUGUGUCCAAAUGUACUCAACCUUUUUCUGAUUGUGAAUUCUUAUCGAAUGGAUCUAAUGCAUCAAAUCAACAGAAAUUUUAAUGUACAAAGAUUGGAUUUAUUUAUUUUUUGCUGGGUAAGAUUUUAAUUUCCACAAACAAUCAUUUGUUUAACCACCAAGACUAGCUAACGAUUUCACUUCUUUUUUUCAAAUUAUAACAGAAUUUUGAAAAGAUACUCAAAACUAUUGAAAAGUUUCCAAACUGUCGAUACUUAAGUAUUAGGGGUAGAUCUUCGCUAUCUUCACAUGAAUUGAUCCUUAUAAUUAGAACAUUACCUCAUUUGUCAUUAUUACUGAUCGAAUAUGCCGGGAGAGAUUCAGCAGAUCAACAAGUCGUGAAAAACUAUUGUCACUCACAAAAUCGUAAAAUCGAUGUUUAUUUUGGUUCUACAGAUGAGAAUCUGGAGUUGAUGUCUGAUGAAAUGGUUCGAAAGUUCUAUAAUUCAUUUCGACGUACAAUAUUGAACUGAAGUCUAAAGAUUAAACGUUUCUCACUCUUCAUUUAAUUAUAAUUGUAAUUCAACCUAACAAUCAAAAAAAUCGAACUAAUUUAAAUAAAAUUUCUCAUUGAUUUUCAUUGUUUGCAGACAAUCAAUUUUCAAAGCUCAAAAAAAUCCAUGUUCUUGCUCUACUUUAGCUCAAUUAAUUGUUACCGCUAAUCCAUUAAUAGUAUCAAUUUGAUACAUUUGUUCAUCAUCUAAAGGAGCUCAAGCAUCGUGGUGCUUUUGAACAAGCUUACACGGGUUUCUCUAUGGUCAAGUGUAUCUGGAGAAAACCUUGUCCGUGUUUGAAAGUGGUCGAAUCUCUGCUUGAUGAGAUUCUUGCCGAUCUUGACAACGAAAGUCAAGGAAGCGAAUCAAGUGGACCAAAGUGUAUUACCCGUCGAAGUGCUGGUUUACCUUUUGUUACUCAAGCGAUUGUUUCUUCUGAAUCAAAAGAGAAUCGAAACAAAUUACUUGGUCAUGUAAUCAACAGGUUGGUUGAAAUUUGUUCGAAACAAUCAGCUGAAGAUUGGCAGAAAGUUCAUUGUUUGAAUGUGAUUCGAGCUCUAAUGAAAGAUCAACGUCUUGGUGAUCGAGUUGAUUCCUUCAUCUGUAAACAAUUGAACAAAUCGGAUCUUCCUUACAAUCAUCAUGAUGGUUUAAUAUCUUUCAUGUACAAUUGUGUUCGUCAUCAUGUGAAACAGAUUGAAACUGAUCGAUCUCAUAAGAAUUUAAUUACCAGUUUAACUGAGCACACAAGUGAUUUACUGGAAUCAUUUAAAACUGAAUCGAAUUCAAGUUCAAGCGAAUUGAUCGAAAGACCAACACACUCUUAUAGUCGAUUUAAUCUUUAAUCAAUCUCACGUAUUCCCAGUGACCAACUGGUCACUUUAAUUUGAUUCUUGUUUCACUCUCUUUGAAUCAGUUGAUCCAACAAAGUUCAAUGAGGAAACUUCGAUCAAUUCCUAAUCUACUUCAGGAUAAUGAUCCAACAAUCAGAGAAUUCACUGCAAUCAUGUGUCAUCAAUUAGCUUUAAUCUACUUUCAACCACCGACUAAUCAACUUCCCCAAGGUUCACUUUUAAAUUGUUCAUUUCAAUUGUUAUCAAGUAUAUUCACAAAUCUUGAUAAAAGAGAUUCACUUCGAGUGGUUUUAUUUAAUCUAAUUAAUGAUCAAAAAUCAAUCAGUGAUCAUGAUGAUGAUAAAGAAAGAUUUUUCGAUAAAAGUAAAAUUAAUUUCAUCGAAGAUCCAAAAAUGGACCUGGCUAAUGUCCUUUUCAAACAAAUGCGAUACGGAAUGAAGAUGAAACAUUAGUUUAAAAGACGCGGUCGGGCAAAAAUAAACUCUUCAAAUGGUCAGUAAAUGACUGUUAGUUAGUGUGCAAUAGGUAACCUGUUACAGGUUAAAUUCACAGAGGAAAUUUUGAAUUUCAAAUCACCAGAUUUAUGGUUAAGAAAAGUUCUCACUGUAUUUUUAUCAAGUGGUUUAUUGUUUAGAUUGUUUCAUUCGACUUUCAACAAUGAAUAUCAAUGAUUUACCUAAUGAUUGUUUACUUUUGAUUUUUGAUCAGUUUUAUCAAUUGCGACAAUUUGCUACAUUUAUGAAAGUUUGUCGUCGCUGGAAGAUAUUAGUGGAAAAGAGACUGAAGAAGAUCACGCACUUAGACGUUUCAUUGUUUACUCCAUUAAUUCAGAAUGGUGAUUCUGCUGAACAAUAUCUUCCAAUUACUCAUAGAUGUAUUAUCACAAUAAGCAGAAGAUUCUUGAUGAAAAUUAAACUCUCUAAGCUUUUUCCUAACGUUAAGAUUAUCCAUCUUGAAAAUUUCACCAAAAACUGUCCUUGCGCUUUAUUAGUUCAUUUACUCACCAACACGAAUCAAAUCAAAGGCUUGAGCUAUCUAGAUUAUCGAUUUGAAAUGAGUCAUAAAUGUAAAAUUUUAGAAAGAGAAGAAAAAAGAAUAACAUCAUUUCUGAGUGAUAUUGAAUUUCUCGGAAUUAGUAAUGACAUAAUAGUUACAAGUUAUCUCAGAACUUUUGGUCAUCUUAAGAAAUUAAAAUCUCUUGGAAAUUGCCUUGAAAAUUACUUCCAGCCUGUAAAUUUACUCCAUGUUCUGAAAUUCACCCAAUUUUUGAUGAAUCUCGAACGACUUGUUACUUUUUGUAACGAUGAGUUUGAUAAUGAUUUUGUUCGCGUCGAAAACCAAUUACCAAUAUUUGGAAAUCUUUUGCAUCUUCAGCUUGAAAAUAUUUCAAAAAAAGGAUCGAGUUUUACAAAAUUCUUGAACUUGUGUCCAAAUUUACUAAACCUUUCUCUAAUUGUGCAUAAUGUUGGAGUAGAACGAAUUCAUCAAAUCAACAAAAACUUGAAUGUUCAAAGAUUGAAUCUACUUUUUUCUUGGGAUCGCGACAAGAUGCUAAAAGUUAUUGAAAAGUUUCCAAACUGUCGAUACUUAAGUAUUGGUGGUUAUGCUUUGCUAUCUUCACGGGAUUUGAUCCAGAUUAUAACUAUAUUACCUCGUUUGUCAUUAUUUCUGAUCGAAAAUGAGCGGAAUGACUUAGCAGAAAGACAAAUAGUGAAAAGUUAUUGUCACUCCCAAAAUCGUAAAAUCGAUGUUUACUUUGGUUCUACAGAUGACAAACUAAUGAUGUCUCACGAACUUUAUCGAAAGUUUCAUAAUUCAUUUCUAUAUAAAUGAAGUCUACGGAUUAAACAUUUCUGAUUUUCCAUUUGUAGUCCAGGCUACCAACAAAAAUAAAACUGAUCAACUUUAUAAAAGUGAAGUGACCAAAUUUACAGAAAUUUUAAAUAUGAUUAGUUAGCAGAUUGUUUAGUGAUUUAAUUUCACCAGCAAUUGAAAAGAUUACUUUGGAUUGGUAGUUGUUAAUUUCCAAUACAUUUUUGAUCAUCUUUUUGGCUUGAUCACAAUCAACACAGAGAGACUUUGAUUGGAUCCAUAAUUGUAUCAUGAUCAACAUUUUGUUAACUUCUAAGGUUAAAUUAGGAUCAUUUAAUUUUUCAAGAAAAUGAGAGGUUAACGAAUUUAAUUUGUUUUGCAAAUCGUGAAAAUAAUCAACUAAUCCACUUUGUUGUUGUCCACCUGUUGAUUGAUUGUUUUUCCAGGUAAGAGAUGAAUGAAAAAAGUUACAAUCAACUGAAGAAAUUAAUUGUUCCAAAUAAACUUUACCAAUUGUAAUUAACUGGAUUGGAUCUUCGAUGAAAUUAAUUUUACUUUUAUCGAAAA